UUCAGUUCUUUACUCCAUAGACUUCGUACAUAAUCCUACAGUUGAUGGAAGGGGGCCAUGCUCGCAUCUUUUUUUAAGUAAUGCUAACAGAACUAUUUUGAUCAGCUCCUGUUAUCAUCCAGUGAGCAUGUGACAUGAGACCUUUCUAUAUAUGCACCAAGCGGGCUUGUUGACCCAGCGAAGUGUUGGCAGUUGCCAAAAGAAAAAAAAUACUGUGGCUAUCUACAUGCUGGAUUCAAUGUGUGAUAUUCUGGCAGUUUUUAGGAGUAUUUUGGAGUUAGUUGAUUUCUGGAGCUAGAAUUGGGGUUAGUAAAUCUUUAUCAGUAACAAUAUCAUUAUUCUUGUCAACAAUUAUUCUGAUUAUUGUUUGCUUCUUUGUGAUAGCACAGCAGAACAUGAAUGCAUCCAUCUCACAUAGUGAAAAAGCAUUUCCAGCGGGUACCAUCUUUGGCAUCUUGACACUAGACCAAGCCAUGGACACCAAAGCAUAAUAGUAUAGGCGACAUCCCUCUGGAUUUACAAGAAGUUGCAUGCAAAGUUCCAACAUAUUCCCAAUUUUCUUACAAUGCCUGUUCCAUAUGCCAUUUGCAGUGAUAUGGGAAUGCACUGACUAUCAGAAACAUUUAGAGAAGUUGACAGAACGGGUUCGCUAUGCUAUUGCAAACACUGAAGAUCCACAUCUGGAUGAGUGCAGGAAGUGGAGCCUCGUGUGGGUUGUUCUAAACAUGGUUGCUCCACUGGAGCCCGACGAGAUGGAAUUCCUACUUGGAUACCCGAAAGAACACACUUGGGGAAUCAGCCGGACAGAGAGAUACAGAUCUCUAGGCAAUUCAUUCCAAGUGGACACAAUUGCAUACGUCAUGACUAUUGACUACAUUUCUCGGUGGAAAGGCGAAAUGAUCAGUGACGUGCCUUUCUUCGUAUCGAGCGACUGCUGUACACAAGAGCUGCAGAUCUCCUGAUCAAUGCAGUCAUUGCAAGGGUUAAGUUCAAAGUCCGUUGUUUCUUUUUGGCACCGUUUGGAAUACGAACUCCUAAACAAGUCAGUGGAGGGCUCUACGAACGUUCUUAAUCUCUGAUAGGAACACGCCGUUCAAAUUUGGAAGCAUGAACCACAGGAUGAUGCAUGCAUUGUGACGCGGGGCGCAUCUGAGCAUUGGUGGUAAUUGCUCAUUCAGAUUUGAAUGUGUGUCAGAAUCUUCUGGGCAGUCUCUGAGUACAUGCAUUAUCGAUUCCCAUUGCCAGUGGGAUUAGUGCUGUGCUGAGAGAAGAGGGGAAAGGAAAUAGUCUAUGCAAGCUGCGGUGCCAUGCUGCGCGAUUACUUUUUGACUGACAGCGGCUUGCCUC